CUACACGCACGAUGGACUUCGCGAAGUUGAUGUCAGCGCAGAUCAACAAAGGGAAGCAAAGUGCUUCGCCUGCCGCUUCUGGCGAAAAGAAGUACCUCAAACGUAGCGAAGUCGAAGCGCAAAGACGCGCCACGUACCGGGCGGAACAAGAGGCCGAAGAGAAGGCGCGUGAGGAAAGGUUACAAAACAAACGGAAAGCAGAUGAAGAUGAGGCGGCGAGAGAAACCGAAAGGCAAGAGAAGCGCAGACGACUUGCAGAAGAAUCUCGGCGCAUAAGAGAGGAGGAAGAAGAGGCAGAAGAAAGGAAGAGAAGAAAACGACUGGGGCUGCCCGACCUGCCACCUAAGAACCAAGUUGGCGAGGACAGUACAGCAGUGCCAGAGGAGGAGGAUAUAACCGAAGAGACUCUGAUCGAGAAAUUGCGAGCCUCGAACGAACCCGCGCGGCUGUUUGGCGAGACACACAAACAACGGUUGAAGCGGUACAAGAAGCGCAUAGGUGCGGAAAGCCUGGCAGCGAUCAUGACAGACGGCCCAAUACCCACCACUCUGCAGCUGGUGCCAGAGAAAGACAUGAAGGUUGAGGUUCAUGUACCGAAGGAAGCCGAAGCACGGAAAUUCCUUUUCAGACAGCUUGCGAGCUACUUUACAAUGGUUUUAAAGGAAUGGGACGUCACGUUGGCCCGGCGAGAUGGAGAUGUGAAGGAGAGCUACCAGGGCAAGCAAGCAUAUGCUGCAAUGGUGCAAGCACGGGAAAACAUGCGACCUCUGUUCAAGAAAUUAGAGAAGUUCGAUCUUCCAGACAGCAUUGUCCUGCCUGUUGUGCAAAUUGUACACGCGGCGCAAGAGCGACGCUACGUCGAUGCGAACGAUGGUUAUCUCAGACUCAGUAUCGGCAAUGCCGCAUGGCCGAUCGGUGUUACCAUGGUUGGUAUCCACGAGCGCAGCGCACGCGAGAAGCUGCACGAGAAUGAGAACUCCGCACAUAUUCUGAGUGAUGAGAGCACGAGGAAAUACCUGCAAAGCAUCAAGAGGUGUUUGAGCUUCGUACAGACCAGGUGGCCUCCUACGGACCAGAUGCAGCUGAUGGGGUAGAUCACCUUGAUUGGAGCAAACUGGAACUGGAAUGGACGAAGAGAAAUAUGUCGAAUGCCGAGGAAACGAUAGCGCAUCAAUCCUACAGCAAUAUUUACGUACAGCGCGGACUCGGUAUGUGAGGCUUUCGCAACGAGCCAAACUAUUUCCCCCGUCAACGCAUAAACCUAAUCCCUCUUGGCCGAGUCUCUUGUGGUGGUCCGCUCGCCAUACAAAACUCUAGAAAGGCACCGGGUCUUCAUGGGUUUUUGGGAGUCGCGCAGAUCUGGAUAAUCUAUUCUGUUAUUCAUUGAUCUUUCACAUACGACCAUAGGACGUUGAAAACAAGGCUUCCCGUUCGCUCAGCCCUAUUUAAGCAACGUACCGGCGGAUUAGUACUCAGGUGGGUGACCACUGGGGAAUCCCCGCUGUUGUAUGUAUGAGAUUUAUUUUUGCUGUUCUGCGGAGAUCGAUGGAGG